AUGGCAAGCAUCGACCGCUACCGCCCCCCGCGAGAGGGAUAUCAACCGCCAACGCUGUCGGGCUCUGCGCGCCACGAGAGGCCCUCUCGGUCGCCGCCUCGCCGUCGCGAUGUCCCUCCGGCCGCGCCCACGCCUCCUCAGCACAGCGCGCGGACGUCUCCUCCGAGGCCGCAAGGCGUAUCCAGCCAGCAGACCCCUUCGCGAUCUGGGGAAGAAACGCCGCUGGCGCUACCGAACCAGUGGUUCUUCACCACGGACGAGGUGCUUAGCACGCCCUCGAUCAUCGACGGAAUCUCGCCCGCGGAAGAGAGGCUCAGGAGAGCCAAGGGCAUCAACUUCAUAUAUCAGGCUGGCGUGAUGCUCGACCUACCACAGAUAACGCUUUGGGUAGCUGGAGUAUUCUUUCACAGAUUUUACAUGCGCUGCAGCAUGGUGCAAGAUAAGGGGGGCAUUCAUCACUACAACAUUGCCGCAACCUCCCUAUUUCUGGCCAACAAGACCGAAGAGAACUGCCGAAAGACCAAGGAGAUCAUUAUCGCUGUUGCUCGAGUCGCUCAGAAAAACACAAAGUUGAUUAUCGAUGAGCAGAGCAAGGAAUACUGGCGAUGGAGGGACAGCAUCCUGACGUACGAGGAGGUCAUGCUAGAACAACUGGCAUUCGACUUGAUGAUUGACAAUCCCUACCGUCACCUGUUUGAGCUCCUUGGACAGUUGGAGGUCAUCCACAACAAACAGCUACGGCAAGCCGCUUGGGCAUUCUGCAACGACGCGUGCUUGACGGCCUUGCCACUGUUGAUUGAAGCAAGGGACGUCGCCAUCAGCUCCAUCUACUUUGCCUGCGCCCACACGAAUCAGCAGAUUGACGAUGUCAACGGCGAGGCCUGGUGGAAGUUUUUGAAGGGGAGCGAAGAGUGCUGUGCAAAGGCGAUUGAGACGAUGCGGCAGUUCUACACGGAGAAUCCGCUUAGAAAGCAGAACCCGUCGCUGCCAUCGCCCGCUUUCCACCUUGAAAACACCAGACGACGCCACGAUGCGCUGAACGACACCCAAUCGUCCAAUGCCGGAACGCCGAUGGAGCUCGACCGAGAGAGCCACAGCCCGGGCCCCAAGAUGAACGGGGCGACCGAUCGGCACUCGGACACGAGGGACAAGGAGCACGAGGGUCCUUCCAAGGCUGCGGGCGACGGCGAUUACGCGCCACGAUCUCCGCCCAAGAGAAAAGAUGCUGAGGCGGACCUAUCUGCCGAAAGUGAAAGGGCCGAAAAGAGGGCCAGACUCUCUGAAGACGAGGGCGAGCUGGUUGAAGACUAG